CGCUCUGUUUAUGUCAUUGCGGAUAUUCUUAGGAGUGCAGAAGGCAAGUUUUAAUUACUAGAGCUAGGAUAUUCUUGGUAUUGCUGCACGAUUAUCGACUGAGCUCAAAGACAUUCGAGGCAAUUCGAGCAUAUCAUAACCUUCGCGGGAUCACGUUAGAAAGUUGUGCUUGAUAGGGGUGCCCUAGCUCUUAAGGAUCAUCUGGGAACGUUAAUUAUUGUAAAAACAUCUUGAGAAUGUCGGGGCGCAGUAAAAAAAAUAAAGGUAAGAGUCUCGAGAAGAGAAAACGGCAUGUCGUUGGGAAAGAGGAGAGAUACCGUCAAGAACAAGACAGAUCCGACAAGGAAGAUGCUGAACCAGAAGAGGAGCAAUGGCCUAUUCCAUUUCCAGUAGCUAUGUGGGAUCUGGAACACUGUGAUCCUAAAAAGUGUUCUGGAAGAAAAUUAGCUAGACAUGGUUUAGUCAAGACCCUCAGACUGGGUGCUCGUUUUUCUGGUCUUGUUUUGACCCCAGUCGGUAAAAAGUGUGUAAGUCCUACUGACAGAGAAACUGUUCAGGAUUAUGGCUGUGCUGUUGUCGAUUGUAGUUGGGCAAAAUUAGAUGAUACUCCAUUUGCUAGAAUGCGAUCGCCUCAUCCAAGGCUUUUACCAUUUCUUGUAGCAGCAAAUCCAAUUAAUUAUGGAAAGCCUUGUCAGCUAAGUUGUGUUGAGGCCAUAGCAGCAACGCUCAUCAUAACUGGAUUUGUGGAAGAGGCUAAUUUUUAUCUUGGUAAAUUUUCUUGGGGCCAUGCUUUUACGGAGCUGAAUUCUGAGUUACUGGAAAGUUAUGCUGCUUGCAAGACUAGUGAGGAAGUUAUACAGGCUCAGGAAAAGUUCCUGGCUGAUGCAAGACAAGAAAAAAUUGAUAGACAUGCAAUGCCUGACUAUCCUCCAUCUGAAAGUGAUUCAGAGGAGGAAGAGGAAGAAGAGAAAGAAAAAGAAAGUGAAAAGGAAGAAAUGUCAAGAUUGGCUACAGACAAACCCAACUCCAAAGAAGAAAGUUUGAAAGAUCAGAAUUCAUAAACAGAAUAUUUUUAUAUAAAAUGCAAAAAUUCUAUCUGUUUACUGUAAAUACAUCUCGAAGAUCUAAUAUAAACUAGGAUCAUCCGAAAUACAGUUUAAUAAACUACAAGAUUUUUUCAUAAAGCCA